CUAUGUUUAUGGCAUUCUAUAAUUUGACACAUUGCUUGGCUACUUUUUUUUGAAAUUUCAAAAUGCAAGAGAGACUGAAUUGGUUAGUAAUAAUUAAAUUUUAAUUCAAUGAAUUUUUUAGAGGAAGUGUAGAUCGCACCGGCAUUCGCUGAACCAAUUCAAUCGGCACCAUGACCUCCGUCGUCUCUAAGGUGGCUGUCAUCGGAAGCGGAAUAUCAGGAGCAGUAUGCGCAUCAACCCUCGCCAAGAAUGGACUUUCUGUCACGCUUUUCGAAUCCGCGCGUGGCCCUGGCGGCCGUAUGUCUCGAAGAAGAGAAAUUACCGAAGACGGGAAGGAACUAUUGUUUGAUCAUGGAGCUCCAUUUUUUACUGUCAACAACGGUGAUGUGUCGAGGCUUGUUGAUGAGUGGGAAUCAAAAGGUGUUGUUGCUGAAUGGAAAGACAGUUUUGGCUCUUUUGAUUGUCUUUCUAAACAAUUUAUUGACAUAGAACAGGAUGGACAGAGGCUUGGAAAAAGAUAUGUUGGUUUGCCAGGAAUGAAUGCUAUUUGUAAAGCAUUAAGCAAUGAGAAUGGAGUGGAAAGCAAGUUUGGAAUAGGAGUUGGGAAGUUGGAGUGGUUAGAUGAUGAGAAUUCAUGGUUGGUCAUGGGUAUGGAUGGGCAAAAUCAUGGUUCUUUUGGAGGCGUGGUUGCAUCAGACAAAAAUAUAGCGUCUUCAAGGUUUAAAGAUGUGACAGGACGUCCACCACCUCUAGAUUUGAGUCUGGCUCCAGAAUUGGCAAUGAAGAUGCAAGAUGUUCCUGCGAUUUCCUGUUUUGCUCUAAUGCUAGCAUUUUCUGAGCCAUUAUCUUCCAUACCUGUUAAAGGCUUCACAUUCAAAAAUUCUGAAGUUUUGAGUUGGUGCCACUGUGACAGCAGCAAACCUGGUCGUUCAAAGGCAAGUGAACUAUGGGUGCUGCACUCAACAGCAAAGUACGCCAGGGAUGUAAUUGCUCAAACUGGACUUACAAAGCCUUCAAGUGCAAUAUUAACAAAGGUGACAGAAGAAUUGUUCCAAGAAUUCAAAAGCUCUGAACUUGUAGGCUCUCAGCCAGUUUUCAGUAAAGCUCACCGAUGGGGGAGUGCUUUUCCAGCUACCAGCAUAGCUGUGGAAGAAAAAUGCCUAUGGGAUAGUAAGAAGAGAUUGGCCAUAUGUGGAGAUUUUUGUGUUAGUCCAGAUGUUGAAGGCGCUAUACUUAGCGGCUUGGCAGCUGCUGCUAAGCUUCUAGAAGCUUCUAGUUGCUUGUAGUAGGGUUGUGCAUUCCUCUCGAACCAAACCGAAUUAAAAUAUUAUUUUUUCAAGAUGAAACUGUAGCUUUGAAUUUUACUUUGUCGCUUCGUUUUGAUAAUCCAUCGGUUUUUGCACAGUUCUAGCUUUUAGUGUAAUUUGAUUACAUAACUCAAGAUAAGGUUUCCCCAUCCGCGGUAGCCGUUCCAGGGCUUACAGCGGUGACUCACUAUUGUAUGAUUUUCGCUUUUCGAAAAGUUCUUAAUAUACAGAUUAAGAAAAUAUUUAUUUUUUUA